GUAUGCCUUUGGGCACGUCACUCCUCCUCAGGCCCUCAGGUUCACUUCUGUAACUAAGGCUUCAGGAUGGGUCAUUCAGCAACCCCAGAGCUGCCCUGCCCGUCAAGCUUGAACUCUUUAAGGAAAUAACAUUUAGAGCGGACUGUGCCCCCAGCAGCCCCCAAGGGCCAAUUCCUGUCCCCCCAGCAGCAUGGCAUCGUGUGCUGAACUCUCUGAGCCCUCUGCCCCACUGCCCGCCGGGGUCCCACCGCUCGAGGACUUUGAGGUACUGGAUGGGGUUGAGGAUGCAGAGGGGGAGGAGGAAGAGGAGGAGGAAGAGGAGGAAGAGGAUGACCUGAGUGAGCUGCCACCGCUGGAGGACAUGGGACAACCCCCGGCGGAGGAGGCUGAGCAGCCUGGGGCCCUGGCCCGAGAGUUCCUUGCUGCCAUGGAGCCCGAGCCCGCCCCAGCCCCGGCCCCAGAAGAGUGGCUGGACAUUCUGGGGAACGGGCUGUUGAGGAAGAAGACGCUGGUCCCAGGGCCGCCAGGUUCGAGCCGCCCGGUCAAGGGCCAGGUGGUCACCGUACAUCUGCAGACGUCGCUGGAGAAUGGCACACGGGUGCAGGAGGAGCCGGAGCUGGUGUUCACUCUGGGUGACUGUGACGUCAUCCAGGCCCUGGAUCUCAGUGUCCCACUCAUGGACGUCGGGGAGACGGCCAUGGUCACUGCUGACUCCAAGUACUGCUACGGCCCCCAAGGCAGGAGCCCAUACAUCCCCCCGCACGCGGCCCUGUGCCUGGAGGUGACCCUGAAGACGGCUGUGGACGGGCCUGACCUGGAGAUGCUCACGGGGCAGGAGCGCGUGGCCCUGGCCAACCGGAAGCGGGAGUGCGGCAACGCCCACUACCAGCGGGCGGACUUCGUCCUGGCCGCCAACUCCUACGACCUCGCCAUCAAGGCUAUCACCUCCAGCGCCAAAGUGGACAUGACGUUCGAGGAGGAGGCACAGCUCCUGCAGUUGAAGGUGAAGUGUCUGAACAACCUGGCGGCCUCGCAGCUGAAGCUCGACCACUACCGCGCGGCCCUGCGCUCCUGCAGCCUUGUGCUGGAGCACCAGCCAGACAACAUCAAGGCUCUCUUCCGCAAGGGCAAGGUGCUGGCCCAGCAGGGGGAGUACAGUGAGGCCAUCCCCAUCCUGAGGGCAGCCCUGAAGCUGGAACCUUCCAACAAGACGAUCCACGCAGAGCUCUCAAAGCUGGUGAAGAAGCAUGCGGCGCAGCGGAGCACGGAGACCGCCUUGUACCGGAAAAUGCUGGGCAACCCCAGCCGGCUGCCUGCUAAGUGCCCUGGCAAGGGUGCCUGGUCCAUCCCAUGGAAGUGGCUGUUUGGGGCGACUGCUGUUGCCUUGGGGGGUGUGGCACUCUCUGUGGUCAUCGCUGCCAGGAACUGACCACCUAGGUGGCUGCCACCCCCUCUGCACACCAUGGACCCUGCCCUGCGCUCCCCAACUCCCCCAGGCUCCCUGUCCACUGCCCUCCCUGGUCUGGCCCCCUCCUCCGGGUUAGGGGAGCAAGGAUUGGGGGUCGUGCAGCCCAGCCAGCAGGAGGGACUGAGGCCCUCUAGGAGGAAAGCCCAGAGGGAGGGGGCCCUCAUUCCUUCAGACCCAGUUUUCCCCCACCCUCCUUACCCCGCUGGGCUAGGUCUCCGCCAGGGCUGGCCUCAGUUUCUCCUCAACAGGCCUGGGGGCAGCCCUUCCCCUGCCUAGUCCCCGCCUGAGUGCCAGCCCCCCGCCCCGCCUGCCGCCCCCUGUCCAGGUUCCCUCCCUGCCACAGUGAAAUAAAGCGUCCCACCCUGCA